AUGAGUGCCGGUUCGAGUCAGUCUACUCGUACGAGUCCAGGUUCUUACAGUACCACUCAGCGCACGCCUUCCGUCUCGUCGGGCGCGUCGCCUCCUCAGCAGUCGCUUUCUUCCUCCCAGCCGCCUUCGACGGCCCAGAAUGCGAUGUCGACCGACGUGUAUUCUCCCACUGCCUCGCAACCAUCGAACCCUCUAGGCGGCUCGUUUUCUUAUCCUUUCUCUCCGCUCGGUCCCUCCUUGCCUUUCGAUAGUGUCGCGCCUGGCAACAUGCGUUUAACUGAUUCCGAUCGGUCGGCCCAGACCCUGAACGGCUUCGCCCGACCCGCAAGUGGGAAUACUGGCGGCGCAAUUGUGAUGCGAAAGUUGCCUCGAAACACGAGUCGCGAAGCGCUGCGCAGUAUGUUGCUUUUUGCGAAAGAUUUCGUGGACGCGGAUUUCUUUCCUGUUGAACUCCCGGAGGAUCACGGAUACCUGACCGCCAUCGCACGCUUCAAUACGAUGGCUGCAGCUGAAGAAGCCUGCGCUCUACUGGAUGGCAAGCCAAACUCGCAGAAUGAUGCCAACAUGAUCGUUGAGCUCUACCAUGGACCGGUUCCGUCGGCGUUGAACCCACCGAGGCGCAAUACGAUUGAUCACACCGCGACUCGAAAUAUGUUGGGUAACGGCCACCUCUCGCGGUCUUCUCGUUUUAACGGCACAUUCCAAAGCCUUGAAAAGCUGGCAGCGCCAAAUUCGUCCCUGCAGUCGAACGGCGACACACUGACCUCGAACUCAGAGUCAGGCUCUCGUCUUCAAAGCAUAUUUUCUCCCCAGUCCCCGAUCGGCAAUGGCGUUCAUGACCUUCCGCGCGUUAGUGGUAAGUCAAUGAUCGACCAGGAUCCGGACGAAGAUACGGGUGAGCUACUCAAGGAUCCCGUUGGCUACGCCGAGAACGGUCAUUCUUCUUCGGUCACCCUUCCUCGACGUUCGACGAAUCCUCAGUAUCCCACCAACCGAUUCGGCAGCCUCUCUCUGUCCACCAACAUGACCUCCCCGCCUCUGCACAAUUAUGCGCCUGGCGGCUCAGGGCGCAUGGGGGUCCCGACGCCUUCCUCCGCCUUUCCUCAGGCAAUCAACGGUAACACUAUGAUGGGAGGUCAUGGAUACCCUUAUGGUAGUCAGCAUACUCCUCGUCAUAGUCUUCCCGCGGCGAAUCCGAACGACUUGAACCCUCCCUGCAAUACCCUCUAUGUGGGUAACCUUCCUCCGGACACCUCCGAAGAGGAGUUGAAGGCUCUCUUCUCCAAACAACGCGGAUACAAGCGCCUGUGCUUCCGGAACAAGCAAAACGGUCCCAUGUGUUUCGUUGAAUUCGACGAAGUGGCCAUGGCUAGUAAAGCGCUCAAUGAGCUUUAUGGAUACAAGCUCUCCAACAGUAACAAGACCGGGAUUCGCUUGAGUUUCUCCAAGAACCCAUUGGGUGUCCGCUCCGGUCAGCCGGGCAGCAUGAACGCGUCCAAUCACCUUUCUGCGCAAGGCUCGAUCCCUGGUGGCAGCAGUCUCGGCGGCAUUCACAGUCAUAUGUUCUCGACGGUAAGCGGUCCACCGCCUGGGCUUGCUGCGCCGCCGGGACUGGCGAUGCCCAUGGCUUUGAGAAACAAUGGGGCCAUGCACCCGCCAGGGAAUCCCCACGCACCUAUGCCCACCAACGGGUCCUUCAACUCAAACUCUGGCUUGGGGAUUAGAGGAAACAACAUGAAUUCGUUGAUGUCCCCGACUCCACCCCUCACGGGGGGUGUUGGCGGCACUUCUACCGGAUCAAACGUGGGAGGCUUCAAUUCUUUCUAUCCUGACUACAUGAUGGGUCGGUAG